AUGAAGUCCAUCAUCCAGGAGAAGGACAUUAAGAUCCCCGAGGGUGUCACUCUCGAUGUGAAGUCCCGCAUCGUCCGGGUGAAGGGUCCUCGCGGAACCCUCACCAAGGACCUGAAGCACGUCAACAUGGAAAUCAUCCGUGUUGGUAAGAACAAGAUUCGCAUCAAGGUGUGGCACGGUGUCCGCAAGCACAUUGCCUGCAUCCGUACCGUUGCGUCCCACAUCGAGAACAUGAUCAAGGGUGUUACCAAGGGAUUCGAGUACAAGAUGCGCUUUGUGUACGCUCACUUUCCCAUCAACGUCAACGUUGUCAACGACGGAAAGGAAGUUGAGAUCCGUAACUUCCUCGGCGAGAAGAUUGUUCGUCGUAUUCCUAUGUUGGGAGGUGUGAAGAUUGAGCACUCCACCGCUCAAAAGGACGAGAUCAUCCUCACCGGAAACGACCUCGACAACGUCUCCCAAUCUGCUGCUUCCAUCCAACAAUCUUGCGCUGUCAAGAACAAGGAUAUUCGUAAGUUCUUGGACGGUAUCUACGUGUCGGAGAGGGGUCUCUUGGUCAAGGAUUAA